CUUGAAGCGUUUAGGGUGCUCUGCAAUGCAGUUGUCGAAGACGAUAAUUGCGUGAACCUAACUUGCGGUAGUUAUAUUGAGACCAGCAGGUACGCAACGACUUUUAUUGGCCCCUGUUUAACGGAUACCUGCUGUCGAAUCGAGAACCGAGUCAAGCGACACCGACGCGGCGGAUGCUGUCGCUCACGGGGAGAGAUUCAAACACCGAAAUCGAUCCACCAACAUCACCAGAGUUUUGAUAACCCUCUGUUCAAGCCUUGCAUCUCGUUCGCUUCCCACGCCACCCGCACGUUCAAACAUCGUCUUCCAACCAUGUCCAGGGCAUCGAAGCUUACGCUGGCCGCGACAUCGCUGUUCGCCGCCAGCACCAUUGUCAUUGUCCAUUUCCAACAAAAGUUUGAAAAAGAGGCCAUGCAUCAAGGAGUGGUACGCGACAUCGAACAGCAGCGCAUCAAACGAGAACGCCAACUCGACUUCGACAUGCAGCGCGCCCUCGAGGAAGACUACAAGCGUGAGCAGACCGUCAGAGAUGCAACGGCGCCCUCACAACCCAGCGCAAGUGGCAUACAAACAUAAUCUAUAGCCGAUGGUCUGUCUUGUCUGUACCCAACAACUAGGCAAUACGAAGACAGGGCCGGAUCGACGGAAACAAGAAAUCACGGUGCAUUUGUAUGAUAUGAGGAUGAGAGGAGGGCCUCGGAAACGAUGAAUAGUACUCGUGGGUUCCUCUCACUGUCGAGGAUAGAAAAAGCUGAAGAGACGGCAUGACACUAAAUAGGGGCAUUACAUCGCGAUUAAGGUAAAGUAAUCGCCAAAAUGUUGCAAUGCUACGCGUAGAAAAGUCUACUACUGCGGCAUCGCUCGCGCAUAUAUGUUAGCGAAAUUCGCGUCGACCAGGAACAGUACCCAGCAAGGAAGGAGCAGAAGAAGCAGAUACUACCUUAUCUUCACUUGGGUACGAAGCCGGAUAGUCUACCCGAGCUGAGACGGAGGAAACAUUACUGCAC